UUGCAAACGAGCCGCGGGGGCAGGGGGAGGCGGCUGUGUGGGUGGCAACAGGAGAGGGGCCCCCCGAGGGGAGACCACCAGCCUCCGGGGCGGGCUCCGGGGCUGCCCCGGAGUUCAUUGAGGGAUUCGCCCCCUCCCACUGCAGAUCCUCUCGGCCCGCGUGCGUGAAUGUCUGUGGUUGUGUACGCGUGAGGGAGGGAGUGUAUCUGUGUGUGUGUGUGUGCGUGUGCUUUCGGGCGUGUGCGUCUGUGUGUGUGUGUGUAUCGGGUGGUGCGCGGGGCUCCCGGCCGUCAGGCUCGCGCUCUCCUGGGGUCUGCCGCGGCGGCGGCGGUGGUGGCGCGCUGGGGAAGAUGCUGCAGUCCCUGGCCGGCAGCUCUUGUGUGCGGCUGGUAGAGAGGCACCGCUCCGCCUGGUGCUUCGCCUUCCUGGUGCUGGGCUACCUACUCUACCUGGUCUUCGGCGCGGUGGUCUUCUCCUCAGUGGAGUUGCCCUACGAAGACCUGCUGCGCCAGGAGCUGCGCAAGCUGAAGCAGCGCUUCCUGGAGGAGCACAAGUGUCUGUCGGAGCAGCAGCUGGAGCAGUUCCUGGUGCGGGUGCUGGAGGCCAGCAACUACGGCGUUUCGGUGCUCAGCAAUGCUUCGGGUAACUGGAACUGGGACUUCACCUCCGCCCUCUUCUUCGCCAGCACGGUGCUCUCCACCACAGGUUAUGGACACACGGUACCUUUAUCAGAUGGAGGUAAGGCCUUCUGCAUCAUCUAUUCUGUCAUUGGCAUCCCCUUCACCCUCCUGUUCCUGACAGCAGUGGUCCAGCGUAUCACCGUUCACGUCACGCGGAGGCCUGUGCUCUACUUCCACAUCCGCUGGGGAUUCUCCAAACAAGUGGUUGCCAUCAUUCAUGCCGUCCUGCUUGGGUUCGUGACUGUGUCCUGCUUCUUCUUCAUACCGGCAGCGGUGUUUUCCAUCUUGGAAGAUGAUUGGAACUUUUUGGAAUCCUUUUAUUUUUGCUUCAUUUCCUUAAGCACCAUUGGCCUGGGAGAUUAUGUUCCUGGAGAAGGCUACAAUCAGAAAUUCAGGGAGCUGUAUAAGAUAGGCAUCACGUGUUACCUGUUGUUGGGUCUCAUUGCCAUGCUGGUGGUUCUGGAAACCUUCUGUGAACUCCACGAGCUCAAAAAGUUCAGAAAAAUGUUCUACGUGAAGAAGGAUAAGGACGAGGAUCAGGUCCACAUCAUGGAACAUGACCAGCUCUCCUUCUCUUCCAUCACAGACCAAGCUGCAGGCCUGAAAGAGGAUCAGAAACAGAACGAGCCUUUUGUCACGGCUCAGGCGUCCACUUACCCUGGCAGCUCAACCAACAAUUAAAAGUAGGGUCCCUCACUCCCAUUGUCCUAGCACACGAAUGUCCCUGCAAGUCAGAAAUAGAGAAAAGCCUUUGUUCAUUUUUAUGGAAAUGUAAAAGCCAAGAUGAUGAUGAUGCUUAAACAGAUAGCCAUUAUAUGAGGUCUUAAAAACAAAAAUACAAACAAGCAAGGCUGGGCUCAGUUGGGAAAUGUAGUAUCUGAGGGGAGGGAGCCUCUACCUGUAAGACGUUCUGUGACUGGGCUUUGCAGAUAGGUGAGAAAUGACCCCAUAGAGAGGUUAACAACGCUUGGAGAGAGGCAGGUUUUGUACUUUGAAAUGAGAAAUUUUUGGUUUGUCUUUGAAUCAUUUAGCAGCUAAUUAGCAAAACUUUAUAUUUAAGAAAGAGGCUUAGCAAUGUGUUUUAUAAUUAUGCUCCUGUGUACUGUUUGCAUGUGCCCCUCCAAAGUGAUUAUUUUUGUAGAACCUAAGUUAAGACCGACUAUUUAUAAUGAAUGUUUAACUAAUACAUGUGUACAUAGAAAGUAUAAAUAUGUUUAUAUCCUGUGUAUAUGUAAAUAUAUAUGUAUAUAUGUGGUAGGUCCCUAGAAAUCAGUGAACUUCUUAGACCAGAAUUGUAGAUAGAUUUUGUUUUCUCUCUUUAUAUAAGAAGUAGCUCAGAACUGCUGCAUUUGAUAAGUGAAUGACAUAGAAUCUUGUUUAGGACUGACUAGACAGAAAGCGGAACUGCAAGAAACAUUUUUCUCUUGCAGUCGUAUUUUGUGAAAUGUUUGAAACAUUUGUAAAAGUUUCUUUUUUGUGAACAAAGAAUGAAGAAUGUCAUUUGUAUAGAAGUCAAGAUUGCUAAAGAUAGUUUUGUAAGGUUUUUUGUGAUUUGCAGCCAUUUACUUUUUUCAAAAGCACAGAACUUUCAACCAAGAAAAUAUAAGACAAAGGUCUGGUUAAACUAAUUCAGUUAAGUGUCUAAAAUUCAUAAAAUGUAAUAAACAAAAGUGUAUGGCCUGUGGCUACACUUAAUGUCUUUUAUGUCAGGGAAAACUUUUGAGUAUCUCUAUGGCUCUCUUCACUCCUGUGUAGAAACCAUAAAACUAACAGUUUUCAAUAAUGCAUAGAGGAAAAUACUAAAAUUUCAAGUAGGAAAAAUAAACAGUACCAUGAGGGCUAACAUGCUCAGUGACAGGGUAAACAUUUCUUAUCUUUUUUUGUAUGUUUUGUUAUUUAGGGAUGCUGAUAUUGGAAUGAUCAUGGACUUGACUGUUAGAAAAAAUUAGCACUUUAGGUGAUUCACUUCAAGCCAAUUUGUUACAAUUUGGCCUAUUUAUAAAAGGGCUAAUCUAUAUUUAAAAUACACACACGCAUAGUUACAUUAUGUGCAACAAUAAGCCAAUCUGCUUCUUGUCUGAUCACUUUCAUGGCAGUCUCUGAAAAUGGAGUCUUCUGUUUUCCACUGCACUUUUGUUACCGAAGAAAACCAUGUUUGUGUCAAAUAGAAAUAGAAUCCAUUCCAAGUGUUCUGUUGAGUCUGUGGUAAAAUCCCAGUGGCCAAUUCCUAUCCUGGUGAACUAGUUUCAUCAGCAAAUUUUUUUUUUGUUCAAGAUUUAAACCCAAAGACUUUUGUCAGAUCUCCUUGAAACCUAAUUCCACUGCCCCAUAGAUUUGCUAUAUUUCCCGGUGUUCCAUUAUAUAUUCACCUUGCCUCUGCAGAGGAGAAACAAUCCCAUGCAGGGGAAGUUAUUGGCUAAGUGACAAAUUGAGACAGUGGAGAAACACAUUUUAGAUAUGAAGAGGAUGGAAUAGUUGACAGUCCGUCAUUGAUUGGCACAAAGUGAAGGCUGGUACUGAUGGAGAGUAUAAAUCAAAGUAAUGAUAAGUGACACUUGGGUGGUAUACUGACAUUGUGUUAGAUACAGCAAAUGGCUUUUGUUAGCCACAGCUGUCUGGCUUUAGUACAAGAGAGGAAGGCAUUUAUAAAUAUGAUGAAAGAAGAGGAGGAGUAGAAGGAGGAAAAGAGCUUGUAAAGGUUACUAAGUAUCAAAAUGGCAUUAAUAGAGUACUUCAUGUUCCAUAUAUUCUCAACACAUUAAUUCUCUCAAUUGUGGUGUGAUUUCUUUACAUAUGUGGAAAGUAAAGGAAAAAGGCAAGAAAGUACUAUUUUUUUUCAGAUGGGAAUUUAAAGGAACGGAUUCUUCUGCAGUCAUUCACUGCAUCAGUCAUCAAUGAAAUUCUAAUUGACUUUAUAUAAGUGGAGGAAUAGGAUGUGAUGCAGGAAAAUGCAGCCAGGAAUGGAACUGGAUUAUAGGCUUUCAUAGGGUCCUAAAGGAUGAAACCUUGGAAUUGUGCCCACUAAUUGCCAUUUGAUGCCCUCUAAAUUGGGAAAAUAAAAUAUUUUAUGGUCUGUGGCAUGGUAUAGAUGCUGAAGAAGGGCAUUCUAGAUAGUGUGAUCAGAACAAAAAGCUGAAUAUUUUGCUCAAAGUUUUUUUUUUUGCAUCACAGGGCAUUUUCACUAAGAGAGAAUAGCAGGGAUUGCUGUCUUUGGGAAAAGAAGGGAGAACAAUGGAGAAAAAAAUGGUUUGGGGAAUUGACUGGUAUAGUAUAACUGAUGGACCUCUGAUGAGGAGAAAGGACAGAGUCUUAUGGGAAAUGUUCUGGGAAUGAAAGAAAAUGUCCUUUUGAGUGUAGAUAUAGAGAUCACUGAAUAAGAGGUAUGUCCUAGAAUGUUUUCACACAAAUUCUCUGAGGAGAGGAUAAUCAGAGGAAGGACUGAAUAGUUGUCUUGAGGGUGAUGUGACUCAGUGGAGGGUUGUUUUGGAUGGACAGCUAAGGUAAGAGUAUUAUAUUCUUCACUCUAAAACAGACAUUGUCAUCUUUCCACGUACCACCCUCAUGUGCCUUUUAUGAAAAUGAAUAUGAUCACACCAAGUAUAUUUUAAACCUUCAGACCCUAAGGCGAAGGGAAAACCAGCAAAUGUAAAUCACCAUUUUUUACCCCUUAUGGCCAUCCAGAUUACUCAAAACACUUAUUAAUAGUAAUUAAGGAGCCAGUAGUAGUUCAUUGCUCAUAAUUCAGAAUUCUAUGAAUAUUAUUUCCUGAUUGUGUGGUAUAUUCCAUUUGUGUUGUGAUUCACUCUUUUCUGUAGAGCAUUCAUGCUAAGAAAAGAUUUGGUCAAUGUUGAUGUCCACCUUUAGGUGAAAUAAGUGAAAUAAUCACUUUGGACUUCACAUUAGAAAAUGUGUAUAUCUGUUCAAUAUAUCAUCCCUCUGUGAAUUUAGUAAAAAAAAAUUUUUUUGUUAUAUUUUAAAAACUGAGAUAAUAAAAGCUUUGCCAUUGACCUUAGAUGCCUACUGUAUAUUUAGUGAAACUGAACCAGUAUGUAAUAUAUUUUGUUUUCUCUUGCAGAGAUUUGUUCAUAUUUCCCAAGGACUUUUAUUUUAUCAAAACUGGACACACGUACACCUCUGUCAUGUGAGGAGGAAAGCAUGAAAUUGUAUACUUGAGAGCAAAUAUUAUUUUGGUGUUCAUUACUUAUUUCUUUAACCAUUACUUCAAUGGCUUUGUACAAUAGUAUUUUUCUUCUUAUCUGGCAACCUCAGUUCUCGGAAACUCAGCCAAGAACCCAGAAGGAAGCAAACAAAACAAAACUCUGAACGACCAAAAUAAAUGUCACAAAGUACACGCAUGAACUCCUAUGUUCUUUACUUAUAUGAAGGUCCCUUGGUCACUCCAGCUAUAGCCUGUUCACUCUUAACCUAGGCAUGCUUCUAACAAUUUUGGUUAUCUGAUUCCCCUACCUAGAGCAGAUUAAAAGAAAGAAGAGAGAGUACAAGAGGCAAGAAGUGGCUACUGAGAGCAAGAGAAGACGCAGAAAAACUAUUUUAAAAAAUAAUAAGCACAAGAACAUAGAAAUCCACAGGGUAGGUCUUAGGGUCAUUUAGUGUGUGGCUGAAUAGUUCUUUACUCUUCAAUUGUUGAAGGCAUUCAUCACUAUUUUAGAGUAUAAUACAGCAUUAAUGUUCAUAGUGAUGGCCCUUAAUCAUCAAUGAAGGUUUAAAUUUGGUGUAAUAAAGCAAAUAUAUAGUACAUUUUAAAAAUGGUUUUUAAUGCAAAAUUCUUAAGAUUGAAGGGGAGUUUGGCUGCUUAAAAAGAGACAAAUUAUCUGGUGAAUCCAAUUGUAUGGAAUAGUUGGUUCCCAAAUGAUACCAGAUAAGUAAGUUGUUGCAGUCUUAACAUGCUGUCCUUUGUUCUUGAAGAUGAUGCUAUGCUUAAUAACUUUUUAAUAAGUAAACUGGAAUGAAUUAUAUACAGUUGAAUGAAUUAGAGGAUCUCUUGAGGUCACUUCUAUCUCACUGAUUCUGUAAAAACAUAUGACAUAGGGAGUGUUUUCACCAUGAUAUCAGUGUAAUCUUUUUAAAUUUGUUAAGCAUUAAAAACAUAGUAAAUCCCUCAGGCAUUUAGACCUUAAUCAUGUAGUUUCCAUUUUUCAAGACAUCAGCAGCACAUUUUUGCCCAUAAUUUUUACAUUGUUUCAUUACUCACCUGUCCUUAAAUAGAUGAUGUCAAAACAUGUUUGGUUUAAGUACUUAAAUUUGCUUGGGAUACUGCUCAUGGAUGUGCCUACCCGCAUAAUAAAAAUCUAACAUCCCCCUUUGCUAUUGUUACUAACCAGGUACAUUAUGUGAUGCAUCACAAUUUAGAACACUGUGACCUUAAAACUGGAACCAUGCCUAUUAUUAUUACAAAUUCAGCAGUGACCAUGGUCGACUUUAAAGGUCACUGCAGUUGCCUCUGAGUGCACUGCGUAAAUCCUUGGUCCUCUUGGUCAUUCUAAACCAAGAUAAACCCUAUUGGUAAGGAAAAUAACAGCCCAUAGUGGACUUUUAGAGUGGUAUGCAUUAAUUAAUUCUGCUGUGCAAUAGAUUUAUGCAGCUCUUCCCUCCAGUAUUUAGGAAGCUGAGCAAAUUACUCAGGCUGUUUAAAAUAUUCAUCUACCAUGUUUCUGUGACUAAACAAAAACAGAAAAACUGAGGCAAUUACCAAGUCAGGACCAAAAAAAACCCCCCUGUUGUGGUGUCCCCUUCAGGAUAAUAUUGGAACAAGUAAAAGAGGGGUGUCUAGCUUAGUUUUGCUUUAUUGAUACGUAUAGAAUUGCAGACCAGGGUCCUAACCCUGAUGCGGCCAUUAAGCAUAUAUGUUGAAGGUGAUGAGUUAUUGGAGAAUGAUUCCCCUACCCCAAGAAAGAUCAAAUAACCCGGGAAAAUAAACAUAAAAUAAGGGAGAGUCAGGGAACUUUUGGUUUGCAUCCCUGCCCCACCAAUUCAUCAUCAGUGGGACUGCUAUCAAGUCUCUCAUAAAUCUCUUAAUCCCGUCAGCCGCAUCCAAGGAAGGCAAUAGGUGUGAGAGCUGCUUUAUAAGGACAAUGUGUGGAAUAAUUGUUGAACUGACUGUAAAGUACUUUAUUAUAUAAGGUGCAAUAUAAUAAAAUCAUUCUUACAUCCCUCA